GAGCGGAUUAGAAUGAUUGGGUUAGAUAAUGUGGACUCAAUUGAAGCAGGACCCCCCCUCAGCAGACUGGUUCUUAUUUACAGAUCUCACACUCCUCUCAUCUCCCUUGCUAAGGUUGACGGCCACAUUCCCUUCAGCCCGUCCUCCUGUGUGCUUCUGAUCGAGUUUGCCAAGCUCCUCGUCUCUUUCGCUGCCCUGGUGGCGACCGGGAAUCUGUCCGUCCUAGUGUCUGUGUCCACUGUCACAGUGGCACAGUUCGCCGUUCCCGCUCUUCUGUACGCUUUCAACAACAACCUGGUGGGCCUCAUGCAGGUCUACAUGGAUCCCAGCUCUCUGUCUGGGAAAAAGCAGACGAGGGCUGUGGGGCUGCUGGUCUCUGUCACAGCUACAGCAGUCUGGAUUGGGAGCUUCAGAAAGAGGAGAAAUUGAGUCCCUGCUGGUCUGCUGCUGGUGCUUGUGUAUUGCUUCGUGUCUGGAAUGGCGCGGGUGCUGAAAACCCAACGUCUGCCUCUGAGCCUCCAGAAUCUCUUCCUGUAUGCGUUUGGGGUGGCGCUGAAUCUGGCAUCUCACCUGUUGGGAGGUGACGCAGGACGGCUGGGUUUUAUGGACUGAUUCACAGCACUGGUUUGGCUCAUUAUUGCGGGACAGGUGACAAACAGUCUCCUCAUGUUUGUCGUGAUGAAACAUGGAACGGGAAUCACCAGACUCUUCGUCAUCUCUUCUGCCACUGUCCUCUCCUGGUGGCUUCUGGGAAUACAGCUCACACCUCACUUCCUGUUUCCUGUGGUGCUGAUUGGAUGGGCAGUGUACCUGUAUUACAGGUAGAGCCACAGAAUCUCAGUUAGAGCUACUGCACAAAUAGUUUUUUAAAGGGUUUGUUUUUUAGUUCAUUUGUUUGUUUAUCUCCAUUUUGGAUUUAUUUUCUUCAUCGUGUGCCCACUAACAUCCCUUCUGCCGUCAUUAUAAUAAAGUGCAUCUUAUUGAAUCAA